GAGAGAGAGAGAGAGAGAGAGCUGAGAACAGACUACAGUCAGAUCUUAUGGAGUGGCGGAAAGCGAUGCAGGUACACAUCUUAUAUCUUUCUGAAAUAGGGACGUUUGAGAGAAAACAGCGUCAUUCUCGCGCAACUCUUUUGGAUUAAGCACCAUUAGGAUGAGAUUUAAGCAAUGUGAGUGAGAAGUGAUUUUCUCAAGCGAAACGCUGUUUACAAGGAAUUCUCAACAUUUGCCUUUUAAAUGCCACGAAACUCGGAUGUAAAUGCUCGGAGCUUCGAAGUGCACCUGGAUGUACCCGUCCUGCUCGCUGUUAUUUAAAGAAAGAGGUGAGAGUUUGUCAGAGUAACGUUAGAAGUGUUCGUCAGGUGCGGAGAUGAUGUUACUGUAAUGUAAUGUACGCGCUCGUGACAGAACAAAAUUCACGAUGUGAAGUUGCGACGUGAAGCUGUCAAACACAAUGGCUUUAUGUAUUAUCAGAAACAACUAGAUAUUAAUGUGGAAGGUAUGUUGACGAUUUUUCUGUCAAGUAAAAAGUGAUCAAUCCACGAUUAACCAUGGUAGAGUCUGUUGGCUUUGUGGAAGCGUGGAAAGCUCAGUUUCCUGACUCAGAUCCUCCCGAAAUGACUUUGAACUGUAUUGGAGAUGUUGAGCAGGAGCUGGAGAAAUGCAGAAACUCUAUUAGGAGACUGGAGAUGGAGGUGAACAAAGAGCGUUUUCGAAUGAUCUACCUCCAAACGCUCUUGGCCAAGGAGAAAAGAAGCCAUGAUGCUAAGAGAUGGGGCUUCGGUAAGGUCUCAGAAUGUGAUGGUGACAAGCCAGAACCCACAAACUCUCACCAUCAGGGAAAGGCUGAUGGAAGCAGGUGUCUCCCAGCUAACUCAAAGCACACAACAACAGCAGGUCUAUCCCCAGAGGAGUGUGGUGAGGCUCAGCUGUGUGUUGAGGAGGUGGGUGGUGAUGUCUCGGACCGGGAUAGACACAAACACAAAGAUGGGGAAGUAGAUGGGAUGUUUCCGUCCAAAAAAAGGAGCGUUGAUGCUCCCCACAGGGCCAUUGCUGGCCGUGGUCUUGCACAUCAUGUGGCGGAGGGCAUUCCUGAUUCACCACCAAAGGAGAAAGCCAGCUUGGGGGUUGCUGCUAUCAGGUCAAACUUUGAACGUAUUAGGAGGGCCAAUUCACAAACAUCUGGGGAGAAAAAGAGUGAGAGGCCUUAUUAUGUCAAUAUGGAAUAUCACAAUGAAAAAGGUCUCGUAAGAGUCAACGACAGAAACGUCUCGGAAAAGAUUAGUAGUCUGGGCAGUCAGGCAAUGCAGAUGGAACGCAAGAGGUCCUUGCAUUCUGUACCGGGUAAUCUCUCCACUGCUUUCGUGGAUGAUCGUAAACUAGAGCGGUCUUAUGAGCGAGCCAUGGAGGACAUCUGCAACUGUGAAUAUGAGGAUGCUGAUCUGAAUCAUCAGUUUCUUAAAGACAAUUUAAUCAGGUUUAAUGGAGGGAAAACAGAGUCUCAAAGGGGCCCUCAGCAGAACUGGCACCCUUCUGACUGUCAGCCCUAUACGACCGUUUAUGUGGGGGGCAUUAUGGGAAAUGGGGAGGACCUGCACCUGACGUGGCCUAGGCGAUCUUACUCGCCUGGGAGUUUCGAGGAUGGCUAUACACCUGAUUGCAGCUCCAAUGAAAAUCUGACAUCCAGUGAGGAAGACUUCUCUUCGGGUCAGUCCAGCCACGUGUCCCCAAGUCCCACCACCUACCGCAUGUACCGGGAGAAGAGUCGCUCCCCUUCCCAGAAUUCUCAGCAGUCGUUUGAGAGUGGCAGCCCCCCAACACCUCAGUCUCAAAAACGUCUUAAGCAACAUCUGUUGCUCUCAGACGCCUCUGUCAUUGGUGUUCGCAAGAUCUGGCCUUCGGAUGGAAGCUCUAACAGUUUCAACAGUUUCCAUGGAGAUCUGGAUGUACCAUUCGGUGGUACUCCACCUCCAGCAUAUGCUUAUGACAUUGAGAGAGUGGAGGACCAGCGUUUGCCUCCUGACCUUGCAUCAUACACAGAUGACUCCCACUCCUCCCCGCGCCUUCAUUCAAAGGGCAGAAGCAUUAGAGAGACCCCCUCCAUGGGAUCCCUGAAGUCCACUAAAUCAACAGAGCUGGACAUAGAGAAAGGCCUGGAGAUGAGGAAAUGGGUCCUAUCAGGGAUCCUGGCCAGUGAGGAGACCUAUCUCAGCCACUUGGAGGCACUUUUACUGCCUAUGAAGCCCCUGAAAGCAGCUGCCACCACCUCCCAGCCUGUGUUAACCCUGCAGCAGAUAGAAACCAUUUUCUUUAAAGUGCCUGAGCUUCACGAGAUCCACAAAGACUUUUAUGAUGGCCUCUUACCCAGAGUGCAACAGUGGAGCCAUUGUCAAUGUGUGGGCGACCUCUUCCAGAAGCUGGCCAGCCAGCUCGGUGUGUACAGGGCUUUUGUGGACAACUAUAAGGUAGCUGUGGAAAUGGCCGAAAAGUGUUGUCAGGCAAAUUCUCAGUUUGCUGAGAUUUCAGAGAAUUUGAAAGUCUGGAGCAGCAAAGAGGUUAAAGAUCACAAUGCCAAGAACUCUUUGGAAACCCUGCUGUAUAAACCGGUCGAUCGAGUUACCCGUAGUACUCUAGUGCUCCAUGACUUGCUAAAGCACACCCCAUCCAAUCAUCCAGAUCACCCUCUGCUGCAGGACGCCCUCCGCAUCUCCCAAAACUUUCUCUCUAGUAUUAAUGAAGAGAUCACACCCCGCCGUCAGUCUAUGACUGUGAAGAAAGGAGAGAAUCGACAGCUUCUCCGAGACCAGUUUAUGGUGGAGUUAGUGGAAGGGUCCCGAAAACUUCGCCAUGUCUUCCUGUUUACAGAUCUGCUGCUUUGCGCCAAAUUGAAGAAACAAACCGGAGGGCAAGGACAACAGUAUGACUGUAAGUGGUAUAUCCCACUAGCUGACCUGACUUUCCAGAGCAUUGAUGAAUCAGAGUCCUCACCGAUCCCCCAGAUACCAGAAGAAGAGAUAGACGCUCUGAAGGUCAAGAUCUCUCAGAUGAAAAAUGAGAUACAGAGAGAAAAGAGAGUGUGUAAAGUGGGUAAAGUCCUUGAUCGUCUCAGGAAGAAACUGUGUGAACAAGAAUCUCUGCUACUGCUCAUGUCUCCCUGCAUGGCUUUCAGAGUCAACAACAGGAACGGCAAGGGCUAUACGUUUCUGAUUUCAUCUGAUUAUGAACGGGAGGAAUGGCGAGAGAUCAUUCGAGAACAGCAGAAAAAGUGUUUUAAGAGUUUCUCCUUGACUUCAUUGGAGUUGCAAAUGCUCACCAACUCCUGCGUAAAGCUCCAGACGGUUCACAGUGUUCCGCUGACCAUCAACAAAGAAGAUGAUGAAUCCACAGGGCUGUAUGGCUUUCUGAAUGUAAUUGUUCAUUCUGCAUCUGGGCUGAAACAGAGUUUAAAUCUCUACUGUACUUUAGAAGUGGACUCUUUCGGCUACUUUGUAAACAAUGCCAAGACUCGCGUGUACAGAGACACCACAGAGCCGAACUGGAAUGAGGAGUUUGAGAUUGAGCUGGAGGGCUCUCAGACCCUCAGGCUGCUGUGCUACAGUAAGACCAAACAGAACAGAGAUGAUGGUGAGAACAUGGAUCGCGUCAUGGCCAAAGGACAGAUUCAGCUGGAUCCUCAAACGCUGCAGGGUAAAGACUGGCAGAGGGCAGUGAUCAGCUACAAUGGGACUGAGGUCAAGCUGUCUAUGCGCUUCAGCAGCAGAGAGUUCAGUCUCAAGAGGAUGCCCUCCAGAAAACAGUCCGGAGUGUUUGGAGUCAAAAUCAGCGCAGUCACAAAACGUGAGCACGCCAAAGUGCCUCUCAUUGUGAGACAGUGUGUAGAGGAGAUCGAGCGCAGAGGGAUGGAAGAAGUGGGCAUCUAUCGUGUCUCCGGGGUGGCCACAGACAUCCAGGGUCUGAAAGCUGCGUUUGAUGCUAAUAAUAAAGAUGUGUCGGUCAUGAUGAGUGAAAUGGAUGUGAACGCCAUCGCUGGAACGCUGAAGCUCUAUUUCAGAGAGCUUCCAGAGCCGCUCUUCACUGAUGAACUCUACGCAAACUUCACUGAAGGCAUCGCUUUGUCAGACAGUGUGGCGAAGGAAAGCUGUAUGCUGAAUUUGCUGCUCUCGCUACCUGAACCCAACCUGUUGACGUUUCUUUUUCUGCUAGAUCAUUUGAAAAGGGUGUCAGAGAAUGAGAGCAUCAACAAAAUGUCCUUCCAUAAUCUCGCCACUGUGUUUGGUCCCACCCUCCUCCGCCCCUCUGAGAAGGACAGUAAAAUUCCAGCCAAUCCCACGCAGCCUAUCUCGAUGAGUGACAGCUGGUCACUUGAGGUUAUGUCUCAGGUUCAAGUAUUACUGUAUUUCCUACAGCUGGAAGCGAUUCCUACUCCAGACAGUAAACGGCAGAGUAUGCUCUUCUCUACAGAGGUGUAGGGGAGGGUUUUUAAAGACCAAAGGUUGCUCAGGUGCAUUUUGAUUUUCGAUGCUCUGAGACAGAAGUGAUCCAGCUUGUGACCAAUAGAGGGCGCCAACAACCUACUGAAAUCUAAAGCAGAGGAUGCCAAAACGGUUUCCAGUGAACCCCCAGUAGAAGCAUUUUGUUUUGUUUUUAUGAUUAAGGUAUAGAAAGUCCCAUUGGAGAAUGACAAGCCUCUCAGAUCUUUUCAUAUACUUAGCCCUUAAGAAAGUUACAAUCAACAUGCAGAUGAUAUAGUUUCAGAUGUUUUCAUUGUCAUUGCAAUGUUUCUUAUUUGAGUGGUAGCUCGCAACUUGAGUGCCAAGUUUAUCAUAGGACCAUGGAUAGUGGACCUAUGAUAAACUUUAAUGUCUUGUUCCCGUUGACAUUAAAAUGAUGAAUUUUAAUGUCUUGUUCCCGUUCUGCACGGUGGGUUUAUAAAGUAUUGCACAUUCCAGUUUUCCAUGAUCGUUUUAUUUGAUUUGACAUUUAGCUCACCUAAGAUUUAUGUCCUGCUGUGGCGAGGGCUACGGAACAUCUGACACUCUCGAAUCGUGGGGAGGACCGAAUUUAUAUAGCCCUUCUCUGAUGGAUAAAACACAUGCAGGGAAUUAAAAUAUAUUUUUUUAACCAAUGUUUGUGACUAUGGUCGACACCAGUCAUUUGUGAAGGAGACAUAAAAGUAUAGCUAGCAGUCUUAACGUUUCAUAACCGAAAGUAACCAUAUGCAGCAUAAUUAUAGUUUCAACCCUUCCCAAAAUAUACAUUCCGUUUUGUUUUAUGAAUAUGUUUUUUCUGUUUUGUGUUACAUAAAUCACAUUUAACAAUAUUGGAUCACUGAGACUAUAUUAGGAAAAGCUGGAGAAUGCAUACUGUACCCUUAUGGGUCUUAUCACGCACAUAAUGUUAUAUUUUCAGAUUUCAGACUUGUUAAUUAAUCACAUAGCCUACCUUCAGAAAAGAAUAUAUACUAUUUUAUUUUGAAGGUCUAACACAUUUUUCAAGGUGAACUGUAACUGUUGGACUUAAUAUAUUAAAAAUAUAUUUAGGAGGUCUGCAGCACAAUAAUGAUAAUGUUAUUAUAUGCUGUGUCUUGUGCAGAAGCAAAAACCUUGGUUUUUUGCACUGUGAUGUCAUGGCAAUUCUGCAAAUAUGAACCGCAGGUGCUCCGAAAGACUCCGCUCAGUACACAUUCACACUCAUUAAACACAAAUUAACUUAAUAAUUCAAGCAUUGUACAUUGUUUUUUUUUCUUCUAAAUAGUUUGAAGACAAUAUAUUUACAGAGGUUAAUAUUACUUUUUUGUUCAUCAUAUAAGCACUUUGUGGCCCAGAACUGUGCCAAUACAUUGCCCUGUUACGUUUAUGUACAUUGUUCAGUUUAUUGUAAGAAAGUUAAUAUACAGCUGCUGAUUUGUUUUGUGUUGUGUAGAGCAUAUUGGAAGAUUGUGUAUUAUUAGGAUAUUGUGUAACAUGCAGGCAUGUUGAUUUGUAUAUGACUUAUAUUUCUUUUACAUUUCUCUCUGAGAUUUCCUUUUGUUUUGUGUAUUUCCUAUAUAGUGUGGAACUUACUUCCUGUCAUUCCUCUUAACUGAAGAUCGUUGCUUUCAAAAUCAUUCUCAAAUCCUGCACAUGCAGUUAUUUAGGUCAAGUGUAUUUUAUAGUAUUUGAUAUUUGUUAAUGCAGACUUAGAGGAAUUACACCUAUAACCAUGUCUCUAGUUUUUUAUUUGGUUCAUUACCUACUGUACAGAUGAAGAAAUCUUUGGCUUGGCUGCCAUAUAAACAAAUCAGCCUCCAUCAUAAGAAAAACGUUCUGUGUAAGUGUUAUAGUUUAGAUUUAGUUAUGUUUUCGCAGAGCAAUUGUGACUGUUAUGUCUGUUUAUCUGACAGAUAGACAAGUACAUAAAACGUUUCUCAGAGAGGAAAGCUACUGCUGAAACAUAUUGGACAAUAUUAAAACAUUAAAAUGCUAGCAGACAUGCUACAUUAAGAAUGGCAAUAAUACUGUGUGAUUCUGUACGAAGUAGAUUAUUAAUAAAGUUGAAGUUGA